GCUGGGGAGGCAAGAAGAAAAAAAGGAAAGAAGGAAGGGAAGAAGGAAAGAAGGAAGGGAAGAAGGAAGGAAAAAGGAAGGUGUCUGUCCUGGACACGCCAUGGCCGCCCGCACCGUGCCCCACGCCUACCCCAUGAGCUCUGAGUAUGAAUUUGCCAACCCCAGCAAGAUCUACGACCAGAACUUUGGAGAAGGUGUUUCCCCAUCGGAGAUUUUAGCCCCUGCCCUGUACCACGGCUACUACAUCCGCCCCCGCAUCAACAAGCAGCUGGAGAGGGGCACCUCGGAGGUCUGCCUGAACCAGCACAAGUUCCAGGUGUUCCUGGAUGUUUGCCAGUUCCUGCCCGACGAGCUGAGCGUCCGCACCGUGGACAACCUGCUGGAGGUGGCGGGGCAGCACCCGCAGAGGGCCGACCGCCACGGCUUCGUCUCCAGGGAGUUCACCAGGACCUACAUCCUGCCCCUGGACGUGGACCCGCUGCUGGUCAGGGCCACCCUGUCCCACGAUGGCAUCCUGAGCAUCGUGGCUCCCCGCACGGGCAGGGAGGUGAAGGCCAGAGUGAACGAGGUGCAGAUCACCCAGCAGGAGCAGCCCCUGGGGAAGGAGGAACGGGCUGAGGAAGGAAAAGAGAAGGAAAAGUCCUAAAGGCUGCAGAUCUGGGAAGGUGUGGGGGGACAGGGAUGGGGAAUCUGCAGUGCCAGAGCCCUGUUUGUCACCAUCAGUGUUUAGCAGCCUCACUUCUGCUUCUCGAGGCUGAUGGCUGGGAACAAAAGGGACUUGGAACUGGAAAAAAGAGUGGGGCUGAAGUGUGAGUGUGAGUGUGACUGUAAUGCAAGUUUUCUCCUAGGUCAGGUGAGCGUGCAGGGAGCUCUGCUCUCCCCCCAGGGUCACUCCUACCCUUAGCUGUGAGGCUGUGACUCCAUGGACUGAGCUCUAGCCCAGAAGGGCACUGGGAAGAGAGCAAAGGGGAUCCCAGAGCCUGGAUUCUGAGCUGGGGGCUGAGAUUCCUGGCUGUGCAAGGUGGGUGUUGGUCUGUCAAAGUGCCUGCAGCAAUCAGGAGGAGAGAGGAAUAAAUCUGCCUCUGCUCUUCUCUUGUUUGCCUUGGAUUGGUGUGGCUGCUGUGCAGCAGGAAGGGCGGGCAGAGGCACCCACCUCUGGAAGUGGCACCAGUGGGGACAUGGAGGGGCCGUGGCCACCUCUGUGCCUCACCCCCCUGGCCCAGCUGCUGCUUUGGGGAGCCCAGAGUGAGGUGACCUCAGGGACAAAAAGGUGAGGAGGAGUGAUGAGCCCUUGGCAGGUCCCUGAGCACCUCCAGCGCUGCAGCUGGAAUGAGCCCAAUUAAUGGGGCACAAAUUAAUGCCCAGCACAGCCUGUGCCUGCUCAGCCCUUUAACUACGGGACAUCCUUCACACCCAGAUUCUGGGCGAGGACUGAACCCAAAAUCCCAAAGGGAGAGGCUCUGCUCAGACCCCCAGUGCCUGGCUGGUGCCCCAGCAGGGAGGGGCUGCACUGGGCCCCUUUUGCAGACACUGUGAGCAAUGUCCCCGUGAUGGGGACAGGGAUCGUGUGUGCUGCUGCUGGCAGCUGCUGCCCCGGGGCUCAGCAGGUGACAGUUGCCACCCUUGUGUCAUCAGGGCCGAGCCAGGCACACAGAAUGCUGUGUCAGUGCCUAAAUUUGGGGGGGGGCUGGCAUGCCUGAGUGCAGCUCUCCCAACAGAGAGGAGGGGAGGCUCCAAAAUCCUCAGGGAUGUGAAUUCCCCCUCUCCCUGUGGCUGUGCCCACCCCACUGUGGGGCCAGCAAUGCCCAGGGUAGCAAUGCCAGGGCAGCAAUGCCAGGGCAGCAAUGCCCAGGGUAGCAAUGCCCAGGACAGCAAUGCCCCCUCAGGCCCCCAGCACAUCCCUUGGGACUGGAGCACAGAUAUGAGGCUGAUUUUUGUCCCCUGCCAGUCCAAGAGCAGGGCACUGCCCAGCUAUUUUCAGCUCCCUUCUGCUUCCCAGGGCACUGCCAGCCCCGGGAUCAGUCAGAUGAGGAGCAGCCCUGCCAGGCUCAGGGGGCACAGUGAGGGCACUGAGUGCAGGGCAGGUGCCCCCAGUGCCCGACCUCCUGCCCUGACCCCUGCAGUAGAACCAGAUAAAGUGCCAAAAUAAAAAAUCACCUUUC